AUGGGCAAAAGAAGCAGUGGGUGUAUCACUUGCAGAAAGCGCAAGGUGAAAUGUGAUGAAGCCAAGCCAGAAUGCGAAAGAUGCAAGAAGGCAACCUACAGGUGCGCUGGAUACGAUCAAUCUUGGCUCAAUGAAGCACCGUUCGAGCGCGAAGCCCACAAGCGUAUUCUGGUGCGGAACCAACUAUACAAUGCCAGGCAUAACGCUUUUCUCCCAAAACAAGCUCUCAUAUCCCAAGGCCUUCUGCCUGCUGAAAAAGUCGCCCAAGAAUUGGAUCUGUCCGCCUUCCGAGAGGAUAUAUGCCGCUCCUUUUUAUUCCACAGACUCUGUUCAGGAGAGAACCUCUCCAAGGCUAUAAGCUGGUGGCUGAAUCCGACGCCGAGGGUCCAAGUUCAAUCGCGAACACUGGUUUCAGCGAGCAAAGCAAUGGUGGCUGCAUUCUUCGGACGUAUACAUCAACAGCCACUGAUUAUGAACGAGGGAACGAAAUUUUAUGGAGAAGCGUUGCGGAAUUUGUCGAGUGACCUGUCGCAUAAGGUGAAAGCAUAUACUUUCGAGACGUUGGGCGCGACUAUGGCACUCAACAUGUAUGAGAUGAUACACCUCACCCCUGAUAGUACUGGAUUACUCACUCACGCUGGCGGCAUCAAAGAUUUGAUAUACGCUCGUGGGCCUGAGCUCCAUAAAAGCUAUCCUGAAAAAGAAAUCUACUUGGAAGCACGCGUAAUUCUCGUCGCGAAUGCGAUCUUUUCCUGCCAAAGAACGUUCCUUGAGGAGCAAAAGUGGAAGGACGUUCCAUGGGAGGAGGAUGUAUCAGCAAAGUCCAUGUUCGAUUACAUAGUCGAUGUACUCUCCGAUUUACCCUACUUCCUGCAACAAGUAGCGCACGCCAACAUCUCCACGGCUACCGACUUGCCCGAGCGGCCAGAUAAAGAGUUAUUGCAGAAGCAGCUUCUAGAGCGUCUGCAGAUCUUGAGAAAACUGCGGGGGGAAUGGCACAUCAAAUACUCGACUCCAGUGUGGCAGGUUCCUGUCGCAUCUGCCUCGUCGCAGGGCUCCGACAGUAUCAGGCCUCCAUUUGACGCAGCUAUUCACUUCGCAGACGUGUUCCGUGCCUAUGAGUAUUGCGCCUAUCAGAUGGCCUGUAUUCUUCUCUUCUUGCUCUAUCAGGAUCUCUCACCCGAAAAUCUCCAGCCCGUUGAGGACAUCUUGCCCGGCCUUUUCCCCCACGGAUCAAUACAGAAUGUAGUCUGCAACAUCUGCCGCUGCACCGAAUAUCUCUGUCACGAACAAAAUGGCUCCCGUGGCUACAUAGUCCUUCAAUUGCCUGCCACCAUCGCUUACCUGGCUACCGACAAAAACUCACCGGAGGCCAAGUGGCUGUACCAUGUAUGCAAGAAGCGCGCUAGAAGCAGUGGAUUUGGCUGGGGCGAGUUUGCAAUGGAUCAGGUCACGCCUCUUAGUUUGUGGAUGGCCUCUUGCAGAGAUCGACAUCGAAAUGCGGGAUCGAAUGGUCAUUUUGCCGUGGUGCGACCGUGUUGGGCGGUGGAUCCCAAGGAACCUGCGAUUGGUAGGAGUGCGUCCUUACACUCCGACGCGGCUUUGCCUCUGAGAGCAUGGAAAAGCUUAGGAGAGGCCGUGCGCAACCCAUCUUAA